CUCGCACAGCCCCACGGCAUGCGAGCGAGCGAGUGCGAACGAACGGCCUUGGGUGUCAUGUUGUCCUGCAGACGCAGCAUGUCGAAGCCAGACGAAUGUCGCUCGCAACAUAUCCAUCGCACAUGCCGCUCACAGCCGCCAGGAUCUGCGAUUCACCACCAGCGGCACUUUGGCCAUUGCCAACACCGGCCGAACCCAACCGCUGGCCGUUUCGGUUGUUCGCCGAUCGGAUCACGGGACACAUCCCGGCUUUGGCUUUUGGCCCUGGCGCCGUCUGGUUCCUGGCCUUGCUGGCUUGGACUUGAUCUCGCCCCGGACUAGCAGCCCCAACCCGAUCCUGCACACAUGUCCGGUCUCAAGCAGUACCUCAAGGCCGCACGAGAGGCCAUCGACAAGAAAGACUUUGCCCUCGCCAAGGACAAUGCAAAAUGGGCCCUGGACAUUGAUCAGGCGUCCUACAACGCUCAUAUCUUCCUCGGCCUCGCUGAGCAGAAUCUCGGCAACGUGAAAGCAGCCGAGGCCUCGUUCAGGAACGCUGCCGAUCUGAACCCAGACGGCCCUCUGGCUUUCCAGGGGCUGGCCUCGCUCUUCGAAAAGACGGGCGACCAGGAAGGAUGGAUCGCCAACAUGAAGUCGCUCCUGGAUCUCCACCAUCGCGGAUCGGACGGCAAGAAGUGUCAAGAUGCCAUCGAGAAGAUGGUCGAGUAUGCCAAGAAGCGAGAUGACCGCAAACUGAUCAUGUCGACUCUGGCCUACCUGCUGCCCGAGAGCGAGUACUAUGCCAAGCUGCCGAGUCCACCCGACGUCCUUGAGACACUCGAGGCUCUUAUCGCCUACCAGGAGGCAGAUGACAGCGUGACCACGGCUCGUGAGAUUGAAUUGAGACGCCGGCGCCUGGGUGCUGGCACGUUUCAGGAAGUCCGCGAGGCCGUCGAGAGAGACGUGAUGACGGCUUCACAGCUCGAAUACCUCUAUGGACGCUUGAUUGCAGAGACGACCCAGCGCGGACUGGAGGCAUCCAUGUUCCAGGGCAAAUUACUCGACUAUCUGCAGCGCAAGAUCAUCUAUGUGAACCAGGACGAGAAAGAGGCGAUUCGCGAGCAGCUCUUUGCUAUUGCCCGUGAGCUUGUUUCUGCUGGCCGCACCGAGCCAUUGGCCCUGGCCUUCCUUCUGGAGUCCCAAGACUGCGAAAUCGAGGACUACGACGGCCAACUCGUGGCACAGGCAUCUGAGCUCGAUGGUCAUUACAUCCAGCGAGCCUGUAGUGCCUACGCCAAAUGGAUUCGCAACGAAGAUGGCGUUGACGAAGCCCUGGAGGACGCCCUGGAGGCCCUGUCGAGAAACAGCAAGUCGAUUCUCGCCAACCACCUGCUCAGCUAUAUCUACCUCGAGCGCGGCGAGUUUCUUUCGAGUGCCGACACGGUCAUGAAGACUCGCAGCCUCGUGGAGCUCCAGGAAGCCGUCCUAAGCACGGAGCUCUCCAAUGUCCGUCUCUCGCUGGAUCUGUGUGUAGCCAAAGCGUACCUGAACAUGGAUCUCAAGUAUCUGCCCAACGCACAAACGACAUAUGCUUCGGUCCUGGAGCGCCGACCCGACGACCACCGUGCCCUCGAGGGACUGGGCUUGGUGCUGAGCAAGCUGAAGAAAUGGGACGAAGCCAAGGCGUGCUUUGAAAGGGUCAUCGUUCUCAACCCGGAGAGCGACCUCGGCUAUGGAUCGAUCGGCUGGAUCUACUACCAGGCAGAAAAGUACCAGGAUGCUCUGGACUAUCUCAACAAAGCACUGCAGAUGAAUGAGGCUGCACUCUACCACUACCGCAUCGGACAGGUCUACUGGAAAAUGGCGGCCACCACUGAGAACACGGCCCAAGUCAAGGUGGCCUAUCAGCACUUGAUGACAGCCGCCAAGCUGGACCCCAACUUGAGCGCCGUCUUCACGUCCCUGGGCCAUUACUACAUGGAUGUCGAAGGCGACUCGGUUCGAGCCCAGAAGUGCUUCCUUCGAGCCAUCAACCUCGAUAUUUCAGAGGAAGAUGCGGCCUCGCGUCUGGUAGACAUUUACCUCCAAGCCAACUCCCUUGAGGAUGCCUUUGAUCUGUUGCAAGUCUGCACCAACGCCAACCCGCGGGCGCUCUGGGCCUGGAAGCGACUGGGCAUCUAUCAUUUGGUCGCCAAAUCCUUCCAGGAAGCCAUCUUUUGUUUUCAAGCCGCGCUGCGCAUCGACCCUCGCGACUUGCUCUGCUGGGAGUCCCUGGCCGAGGCCUACAGCGAGGAAGGCAAGUUUAUGGCAGCGCUAAAGGCCUUCAGCCGCACCCUGGAGCUCAACCCCGAGUCCGCUCUCAGCUACUAUCACAUCGGCAUCAUCAAGCAGAAGCUCAAGCUGUACCCCGAGGCUGUCGAGGCAUUCAAGCAGGCAAUCAGCUUGCUGGCCGGGCAUCACCAUGUUCCCAGCAUCAAAGGUGUCUGUGAGAGCCUCUUGUCGCAGGCCCGCGAGUACCACGCCACAGGUGCAUACGGCCGGGUCAUUGAUGCGCUGAACGAGGCCCUCAAGACAAUGACAGCGUGUGUGCAGCACCUUUCCGCCCAAGGCACCGGGUUUGCAUCCCUGUUCAGUCUUCUUGGAGAUAUCUGCCUUUCCUUUAGACACCUGUCACUCCCCGAAUACGUCGAUCGCAUCGAUCGCCAAGAGCUCGAGUCAUGCCUCGCCUAUCUCGCGGGCCAGAAGCCCGACGAGCGGCUUGGCCUUGUCCUGGAUCCUGGUCUGCACAUCACGACCGGCGAUGCCAUCGAGCAAGCCCUGCGUUGCGGCGAGCUCGCCUUCAAAUGUGCGACCGUGGCCUACUGCCAAAGCACCGUGGGCCAGGAUGCCGACAGGAACAAGAUCCUGUCAGGCUACUGGUACAGCAUCGGGCUUUCCUACUUUUACCGCCAGCAGCAAGAGCACAAGGCCGCAGCAAAAGCCACACUGCUCGAGGCGGCUGUCAAGUUCACCAAGGCCGCUCUAGCGCUUGACGACUCCAGCGACCUGUACUGGAACGCCCUGGGAACAUAUGUGAUGCAAAGCAAUCCGGCGCUUGCCCAGCACGCCUUUAUUAUGGCAGUUGAGCACAAUUCCAAGAAUGCAGCCUCCUGGUGCAAUUUGGGCUUGCUCUACCUCAUCCAUGGCGAUUAUACGCUAGCAUCGAGCUGUUUCUCGUCGGCGCAACUACAAGACCCGGACUGGCCUGUGAGCUGGUUUGGGCAAGCUUGUGUCGCCGAGAAGCUCGGCCAGACCAACGCGUACACUCUGCUUGAACAUGCCUAUGAUCUCGGUCAGGGAUCCGUCCCCGAAAUCAACUACCUGUUUGGCCUUCGCUUCUACAAGCGCGCGAUCGAGAACGGAGAGCGCAAUGUCGAUUUGUAUGCAUCGGCGGCGUUCUGCCUACUCAAGUUCACGGAGCGCAGUUCCUCCGAUCCGGUGGUGCUCAAUCUCUACGGACUGGUUCUGGAGCGACAGGGAAAGUACAUGGCUGCCCUGGAGGCCUUUGACACAGCACUGGAAGCCCUUGAGCACGCCAGCCAAAAGGACAAGACCCGACUGGCCAGCGUCACCGAAAACAAAGCCAGGGUUCUUUGUGCGCUGGGGCUCUUUGAAGAUUCGGUCGGCUGCUGGGAACUGUGCCUGCAGUACGGAGGCAGCGCGGACGGAUUUACUCAUGUGGGACAGGGUCUGGCGCUCUACUUUGCCAAGCGACUGCCUGAAAGUCUGAUGGCCUUUGAAAAGGCCGUGAAGGUUGCAGCGUCGCGCGAAACCGUACAAGGCUCUGGAUUGAUACGCAACGACAUUGCGUUGAUGCUAAGCCAGGUCCUGUAUGCACUGGGAAGCCCGCAGCACCUCCAGCUUGCCAAGGGCCAGCUCCUUGAAUGCGUGAAGCGCAACAAUCGAUCCCUCAAGGCCAUGCUGAGCCUCUGUGCGAUGGGCCUGGUCAAGGACGAUCUCGCACUGGCCAAGAGCGCCGCAGUGGAGAUUAUGAAGGUCCGGCCAGACGAAGCUGGCGCCGACGAUCAUGAUAUUGAAUGGGUUCUCAGCCGGAUGUUCCUGAUCCAGGGCAAUACCAAGGUCGCCAAGGGCUUCCUUGCCAAGGCAAUUCAUCGGUAUCCACACAGAGCCGAGAGAUGGGCCCGUUUGUGUGAACUUCAAUUCAGAUCCGAGCCCCUCCGUCCAGAAGUGUAUUUAAGCUUGGGACAGUCGGCCCUGAGUCUAGUCUGGACCAGCAGAGCCGAUAUCCAGUCCAGCACCGAACUGUCGUCUGACGUUCAUCUGACCCACGGACUGGGAUUGCUCGCAUCCGGAGCCAGCGUCUCUGCUCAGCGCAAAGCCAUCCAGAAGGCCAUCCACUGUCGACCGCACGAUUCCAAGUCGUGGCUCGCGCUGAGUCUGCACUUGCGCGCCGAGGCCAGCAUUGGCGCUGCGCUCGACGGGAACAUCAAACAAGGCAAAUCUGAGCCGACUGGCAAUAUUCAGCAAGCGUCGGACCGCUUCCAGCGACUGGCAUCCGUAGCGACGUUCACUCAAGCCUCGGCGCAGCGUGCGGCUCCACAGCACCCCGCCUCCAGCGCCAUCACCUAUUACUGGGCCAUGCUCAUCGAAGCCGACGCCCGUGUGCAGCAUAUGGCCCACAUCACAAGAAGAAUCAAUGUCGACACUUUGGCCAAGAGCAACAAGCUCGUUGAGACAGUGCUAUCCAAGGUUGGCGCAACUCCGCAGACGGCGUCUGCCAAGGCGAUUCUCGUGGAUGCCCUCCGUGUACAAGCUGACAUUCACAUCGCAAGCGGCAACAUCGGCAACGGACUGGCGUGCUUGAAGAAGGCCGUCUCGCUCGCUCCCAAAUGGACAGCCGGCUGGGUGGCACUGGGCAAGCACUAUGAAGCAGUGCAGAGGGUCGAGGCCGCCACAACGUGUUUCAAGCAAGCUCUGCAGACGGCAACAUCGGGUCCGUCAAAGAUUCCGAUCCUGCUGAGACUGGUGCGCUGUGCGCUACUUUCCGGAGCGCUGGACUUUGCCAAGGAUGCAGCCUCGGAUAUACUGAAGCAGGAUGCGUCCUGUGUCGCUGCCCGCAUGCUGCAGGGGCUCGUCUAUGCCAAAACGGGUGCCGUCGAUCAAGUAGCCAAGCUCGUCAAGGCCUUGAAUGGCAUCGUCGAAAAGACCGAGCUGGACGGUGGUUCUGUCGAUCCAUGGGUGUUCCUGACGUUGGCGCAGGUGGCCGAUGAACAGGGCGACCUCACAACUGUCGAGUCGAUGACGGAGCGAGCACGUAACGCGACGGAUCGCCAAUUGAAGGGCGUGUGAGCAGCGGGCAAUUGAGAGUAUGUCUGUGUGUGAAUGCGGGUCCUGGAGGGAUUGUCAUCAAUACAACACGGCGACACGGAGCGGGGCCGCAAGGGUCAUUGGUCAGAGAUGAGAUGGAGUGAUGGGAGUGAUGGCAGAAAUGCAAAGUGAUCGACGAUUCAGGAACGCACAGAGAUGCGAGGGGUGAUGCGGAAUCAAGACGUGCGGCAUUGGCGAUUGUGGACCGACAAUCGGCGGCCAGUGUUGCAGCAAUAAGAAUGAGCAAUGAGCAAUGAGAC